CUGAUUCGAUGAUGAAGCUCUCUCAUUUCAACUCUCUCUUCUCCCGUCCAACACUCGGAAGCGCUCGACGUGACCUUUCUCUGCACACAACGGCGGCCGCCAACGCCCAUCGCAGGUCCUGGAGAGGCUCGCUCAACGGCCUCUACCGUCGGAUCUCCCGGAGCGAUCCGAAGGCCUCCGCUUUACCCAUUCUCGACAAGUGGGUCCACCAAGGCCGACCCGUUGAUAAAGAUGGCCUCGUCACUAUCGUCAAGGAGCUCCGGCACUACAAAGACUACAAACAAGCUCUUGAGGUGUCCAUGUGGAUGAGUGAUAAAAGGUAUAUUGAACUUUUGCCGGCCGACAUAGCCGUCCGGCUCGACUUGAUUGCAAAAGUUCAUGGAACAGAACAAGCCGAGAAUUAUUUUUACAACAUUCCCAAAAAAUUGAAAGUCCUUGAGGUUUAUAGUGCUCUUCUCAACUGCUACGGCCGUGCUAAACAGUUGGAUAAAGCAGAGGCCACCAUGCAGAAGAUGAGGGAUUUAGGGAUUGCCAAGACGUCAUUGCAAUACAAUAUUUUGCUCAAUUUAUAUUAUAAGACUGGAAACAAGGAGAAAUUUCACAGUCUGAUAAGAGAAAUGGAAGAGAAUGGCAUCGGGAUUGAUAGAUUCACAAUUGGGAUUAAACUUAGUGCAGCUGCAGCUGCUUCUGAUCUCGAGGGAAUUGAGAAGAUUGUGGCAGAAUGGCAAUCCGUUCCUGGGAGUCCUCUUGACUGGGUUAAUUAUGCUGUUGCAGCAAAUGGUUAUACAAAAAUUGGAGCUGUGGACAAGGCUUCCGAAAUGCUACAGCGAUCUGAGGAACAAAUACCAAGUUCUAAAAGACAGAGGCCAGCAUAUGAGUAUCUUAUGACUCAGUAUGCAGUUCUAGGGAAGAAAGCUGAUACUUUGAGACUAUGGAAAUGUUACAAGGAGCAUAUGAAAAUAUACAAUAGAGGUUAUGUAUGCGUAAUGACCUCACUCUCAAAGUUUGAUGACAUUGAGAGUGUUGAGAAGGUAUUUGAAGAGUGGGAGUCUAAGCAUUUAAAUUAUGAUACGCGUAUCCCAAAUACCUUGAUUGGUGCUUAUGCCAGGAAUGGUUAUCUUGACAAGGCUGAAGCCCUUAUGAGCAGGAUAAGAUUGAAGGAUCAGAAACCUAAUCCUACAGCAUGGAAUCAUAUGGCUAAAGGGUAUCUUCAUCAAGGUGAAAUUGAGAAGGCACUUGAUGCGGCAACAAAAGCUAUUUCCGCUGCGCAGCCAGGGUGGAUACCGGACAAAGAUGUUGUGGCUGCAUGUCUGGAAUACUUCAAAUCGAAAACAGAUUUGAAAGGAGCCGAGGACUUCAUAAAACUCCUAGGGGGUAAGAAUAUUAUUCCUGUAAACGUGCAGGAAAGACUGUUGAGUCAUAUCAAAAAUGAGAACUGGACCUCUGUAGUAGGUGAAAUGGAAUGGGAUUUUCCAAAGGGUGAUGAAGAAGAAACAAGUGAACUUACUGAGAUGGAAAUUGGGCAGUAGUGACUGUUAAGACUUAAGACUUGGCUUCCCACCUAUACUGAUUCCAAAUAAGACCUGAAAGUUUGGGUUGCAAAUGCAAGUCAACCACUAAGUAGGGAGAAGCAAACCUAAAUGCCACUAAGUUUUUCUUGAUUCUGCAUAGGAAGACAUUACUUUUGUUCCUCUCGUUCAUCCACGCUGUCUUGUCUCAUUUAAGGAGAGGCUGAACGAUUUCUACCACUUCUGGUUUAUACACACUUUCUUAAAGUGCAUUACCAUAAGAAGAGAAUCAGCUGCCUUCUUUUUACCCAACAGGAGAGGAUUUUAUCG